CGAGUCACAAAUGAAUAUUUAAAUAUAUUUUUAUUAGGCAAGCGGUGUGUAUAAAUAAUCAGCUUACACUCAAUUAUUCACUCACACUCGCUUAUACACGAACACAACAUGAAGAUCAUCAAUGUACGUUUGAAGACUUGCCUUUGCCUAGCAAUUAUACCAACAGUGGUACUUGCGCUGUUCUUUUGGAGCCUUACUAAUAAACGCGCUGCACAAAUCGUUGAUAAUGUUCUACUAGUGGAAGAGUUUCCGGAUGUAAUGCAGUUGGUGAACCAACCCAAGCAACACGGCUUGAAGCCGCUGAAGCAGCCCAACUGGGAGAUGUUUGAGGAAUCAAUGCAUCCCAUGGCUGGCGUUGUGCACACACGCAAUCGUAUGGGCGUGCGUUUCGUGCUGGGCGUGCCCACAGUGCCACGACCAGGUGUGAGCUAUCUGCUGGGUACAUUGCAGCAGCUGGUAGAAAAGACAAACUCGCAGCAACGACGCGAUUGCCUUAUUGUGGUGUAUAUUGGUGAUACCAGAACCGAAGUGGUGCAGAAUGUAACGCAGCAGCUGAGGGAUAAAUUUGAAAGGUACAUGACUGAAGGACUGAUUGAUAUUCUAAGAGUGCCCCGGAACUAUUAUCCAGAUUUUGAGGCGCUGUUUGUGACGCUGAAUGAUGAACCCGAGCGCGCUCAUUGGCGCACCAAACAGAAUCUGGACCUGAUGUACUUGAUGAGCUAUGCGCGGAGUCGCGGCAAUUAUUAUUUGCAGCUAGAGGAUGACUUGAAGAUAAACAAUAACUUUUUGGAUUAUAUCAACAAGUUUACAGCGCUGCAGACGGAAUUUCGCCUGGCCGAGCAUCGAGAAUGGAUUAUUUUGAGCUUCAGCGAACUGGGCUUCAUAGGCAAGCUGUUUCGCACUGUGGAACUGUAUGACUAUCUCGAGUAUCUCAAGCUGUUCUACAAUGAUCAGCCCAUGGACUGGCUGAUGCAGAGCUAUGUAAUGCUGCACAGCUGUCGCUGGGACAGCUUGUGUAAGCAGAGUUGCUCACAUCAGUAUAGCAAUUACCUCAUCAGCGCAGGCCAAUCUCAGUUCCAGCACGUAGGCUUGAAGUCCUCGUUGCCGGCAAAAGUGCAGACGCUUAAAGAUCGCAAGUUUGAUAAGAAUUCGGCUAUGCAGCGUUUUAAUCAUCUGCGUCAGCCGCAGAAUUUACUCAGCUCGCUGAAGCAAACACUUGUGAGCAGUGGACUGAGUCUGCGCGAAGGCGAGACUUUCAUAUGGGGCUAUAUGCCGCAGGCUUCAUCGCUGCUACGCUAUAUGGAAGCGCAUCAAUUCGAUUAUGCGCAAUUUAAAAUACGCAGCGGGCCGCAAAGCAAAGAAAGGUUUAAAGAGCUUACUGUGGAUGUGGUAGAAGAGCUGCCGAAGUUUACAGCAAAUAGCACAGAGGCGCAACGUUGUGGGUUUCUUAUGAGCUAUACAUUCGAGGGGCAAAAUCAGUAUCCUAUGAAAUUGUUUUAUUAUAUAAAAGAGCAACAAGAGCAUGCGGAUGGCAAUGUUAGCAGCGUCAAUUGGUUUAGACGCUUCAGUUGGAACGGCACGGCGGGCCUAAAGUCCUGGGAUUAUUGCUUGCAACUUUGGCUUUUACUGUUGACGUUGCUUUGACAAGUUUUAUUUUAAAAUUUAGAGUGUCUGCGCGACAUAGAGCAUAUUAAAUGUAAAAGCUUAAUUUAUUGUUUGUAUAUAUUAAAUAAAUACAGCUUUAUUACGACGAAAAGUCAGCCUCGUUGCUGUCUAUAGCGGCUGCUAUUGAAAUGCAGCAGCAGCAGAAAAAAGAUUCUGAAAAUUUCCAUCAACUCAAGCAGCAAAGCAUAAAAAAUCGAUGAAGCAUGACAACAGCGCGAAUAGAAAAAACCAAGCUAAAGAAAAACUCAACGCCAUCAGCAGCAAAAGCAAACUCAAAAGCAAAAGAAUAAGCCAAGGCGGCGAGCAUUGAAUAAGAAAUCAUUUUCACUAAUGAUGGCGGCUAAGAGCAGCAGCUUCAGCAUCUGCAACAGAAUAAGCCAUCAUUGAGUUAGCAGCAAUACCAGUUGAUGAACAACGCCGUAAAGCAUGCUGAUGACUUUUGAUGGCAAGGCUUUAAACUUUUCAUGCACACACUUACACACACAUACACACAUGUGCU